AUGUCCCGGAUGUCGGACCUGUUAAGGAACACGCGGCUGGCGCAGCUGUCCCGUUCCGGCGGUGGUCAGUUGUCCUUCACGAAGCGGGGGCAGCACUUCCCGACGCACCAGAUAGUCGCUACGACCCCGGCGUCGCACGCGAGGGAGGAGUGGGGGUUGAAGGGCACGGUACCCAAGCGGUUGCUGCGGUCGCGGUACUUGGUAGUGGACGCCCUGGAUACAGCGGAGCGGAUGCCGUCUCUGGAGAUGCUGGGUGGCGUGCAGUGGAACCGGAUCAGGUUCCAGGAGUUCGGGGUCGUGCCAAGUGUCCCCCUGGGCCAGAGCAACCCUCUGUUUGGAGAUAGUACCACCACAGCAGCACCAGGGAACAUGCAGUUGUAUGGUCUGUCGCAGGUGGUGCCGAAUGCGAGUAUGCUGCGAAGGUUGCGGCCGCAGUUCAAGGCGUGGUUGCUGGAGAGAGAUCCUCACGCCUUGCAACGGCGGCGGUUCAAUGCGUUGGAACUGAAGGAGAAGGCCGUGGAGUUUCUGCAGGAGCAGUUAUCCACGGUCGGAACUCGUGGUAGGUCCCGCCCCGUAGACCGCGGUCUUGUAGGUAGCGGCGGGCUGUCGUACGGUGUGCGCGGGCGGUUGCAGAACACGCCGCGUGGGGUUGUACAGCGGUCGAUUGUUCCUGGGCGGAUCCUGAACGACCAACUACGUCCCCAGCACACAAGCGGGGGUGCCAGUGGCGGUAGCGGCGGCGACACGAUGUGCCACGCUGCGCUGGGCGGGUUCUUUGCCUCUGCACAGUUCAAGAACGGGUCUAAGAUCAGUUACGGGUUGGGCAGUUUCAUCCGUGAGCUGGUGUUGCCCUUCGAGGUGCGGUCUGUGUCCGUUGCGCGGGACGGGAAAGUGCGGAUCACCGCGUCAAGCAUCACUCAGUUGCGUGGCCACCGUGCUGCUGCAGGGCACGCCUCUGCGAGGGGGGAGCCGCGCAAUUCGAGGAGUUCAUCGACGACGAAGGCGACACGGCAACAGUCCCGGGAGACCGUGAACGAGUUGCUGUUGCAAUUGGAGAACAACGGCAAGAACUAG